AUCUACUCAGGAACCUGUGUACAACCCAGAAGAUUUACACAUGUUUAGCAGGCUCUGGUGGACAACAACAGCUGUUUGCUUUCGCCUCUCUUGAAUGGGGCUCUCUCAGCUCUCUUAAUUGCCUUUUUUUUCUCUCUCGCUGUUUUGCACUUUUCGUACCUACAUCCAUACUGCCACAAGCAACUUUUGGACACAAGACCCAGUGGAUAAUCCAAUACACACAGCUUGCUUUUCCUGAAAUAUGCGAGUUACCUCACUUCCUAUUGUGGCGGCGGCGGUAUCCACACUAGCCUGCUUGUGCGGAGUUGUGGCUGGUGAUUCGUCUGUUGUUGACCUCGCAGACCACCCAUACGCACUGUACAUUGCCACGCCCUUCACAGUCUGCUUUGGUGCCUUUUUGACAAACCAGGUCGUCAUUACCGAUGCCCGCUGCAUGUACCCGUUUUCAAACAGCACCGAUGUGCCGUCAGUGGCUGCCGGGGCGCUCAAGGCACAGUAUCUGAUGGGUGUCAUUCCGAGUGUAAACACAUCAACCACACUGCACAACAUCCUGCUUUCAACGCAGGUGUACUCGAAAAAGAGCCAAGCCGCUUCGCGUGCCCAGGUGUUCUACAGCAUGGUCAGCACCUACGUAAACAACCAGACAUUCCUGUCGGUUGACUAUGCUGCAGUCCACGCGUACUACUCGCAGAGCCAGGACAACGAGGUCGCGCAGCAGAACUUUGACGUCGGAAUCAUUCACCUCAGCGUGCCUGUCCCCGAUGCCAAGCCUGUGUCGCUGCAACUCGACGACCUGGAUGCUGACAUGGCUGAUCUGCACGCACUGACAUUUGCUCCGGCGACCUCCAGCAAGGAUGCUGCGACGCUGCAGAAACUCUACGAAGGAAUGGACCUGACCAAGGCCACACUGACCUCCAUCAGCUCGCUCAAGCGCUCCGAGUGCGACAAGGACUACAUGAGUGCACAUUCGCUCAAGGACAUGAAGAGCUUUGUUGGCCAAAAGAUCCCCGGCAAGGCAUCCCCUAUUUUCUGCUCGAAGCUCUAUGAAAACACCACUGCAUGCUCGCUGGACACCAGCAUCUCGAUCAACAGCGACGGCGGCUCGGUGCGCUCGGUUAACCUCAACUCGACCCUUUACGUGGUUCCCGGCAGCGCCAAGCUGAUCAGCAUUGGCAACCCACACGUCUACGAGGCCCGCUCGGUCAACGGCACGCCGUGCAAGAGCAAUGGCUUUGUCAGCUUCCCGUACACCAGCGCCUACACUGACUGGAUCAACUGGGCAACCAACGGCACCAUUGCCUCCAAUGGCAGCUGGAUCAACAAGACCAUUACCGGAAACGACAUUACCGACUUUUCGAACCACAGCGGCGCGGCCAAGAGCUGGUCACAUAUGAAUGGCCUGUUCAUUUCAGCACUGGCCAUUGUCGUCGCUGCUGCGGUCUCGUUCUAAGCGCCCCAUUUUUGUUACGAAGAAACCUGAAUCCAUCUACUUUAUUCAAC